UCAUGAAUUUUUCAUUUGUUUCAUUUUCCAUUAAUUUUCUCUUUGUGUCUUCCAUUCUUAAUUUUCUUAACAUUCUAUGAGCCACUACACCCUCAGAUAUACACAUAUAAAAUUAAAAUUAGGUUGAUGUAGAUUGUACAAAAUAUCUAAGUUGAAAAGGACAGCAUGAGGUAAUAAAAAUAAUAGAAAAUUGAAAUUGGAAUCAGCAAAAUAAUUUAGAUGGUAUGAUUCCCUUAACUAAAGCACAACCAUGAAGCAAUUGUGUAGGUUGCUUGACUUUCAUUUUCUCAUACUUAAAAUAUGAUGCUGUUAGGGGAUAAAUAAAACAAAGUUUAAUUAUAUAUGUAUGAAAAUCCUAAAAGGAAAAGUAAAAUAUUACCUAUUUUAUGACUCACCAAAAAGAAACUUCAGAGUUUUAUUUUACCUAUAAAAUAUGUUUAUUUUAUAUUAUCUGUGUAUUUUAUAUGCCUACUAGAAAACAUCAGAGUACUAUAACAGAAACUCCAUGAAAACAAUCCUACGACUUCACUAUUUUAAGGCGAGCACCAAGUACAGUCCCUGGCAAAGUAAAGAAAAACAUACGCUCUUUAGUGUGGGAGGUAGCUCGCUAUUUCAAAUUCAUCUCUUCCUUAGGCUCAAUACAGUCACUAUCUAUGAAAUGGGAGGAAUAUAAGGUUUGCAAGAAACCUCAUGGGCUUUGCGAAAUGAGUGAACAUUUCUUAACGAAACCGGAAAGCAGAAGAACAAGUAAAAGUAUUUUAUCCAGUUCUUUUCCUGACAGUUCUAAGUUUGGUGUUUGCUGAGUAACCCAGGAAGAAAGUAUAGGGCCUGCAGAGAGGCGCUGUCACAGGAUAAGAGCUAGAAGUUGCACUUCUUCCCCGCAGCAUCCUUUGUUAACUAGUGAGAACAAAAACCGUGAACACACCCCUUAACCAUCUCAGAUGUGGUGCUCAUUAACAUAUGGAAGACGCUGGAACACAAAGGCAGACGGAACUCAGAAGACUGAGGAGACUGAGGACUGUGGUGUUUUUAACAGGUACUCCACAUGACUCUGAUGCAAGCAGUUGUUUGUACCUUCCAAUCAACAUUACUUUAGAGCUUUCUCCCUAUGUGGUUUGGUGACUAAAUGAGUUAGUCUUUUUAACACUCAGUUUCCUCACCUAUGAAAUGAUUUGAUGACCUUAUCUGGAAGACAAUUGUGUGGAUGGUUUGAUAUAAUUGAAUACAAAGUAUUGAUCAGAGCUUUAAGUAUGUAAUACUCAGUGGCUAUGUACUACUGUAUAGCUUUGUGCACUGACCCAAGGACACGUGAGUCUUUAUCUUGUUUUAUUUUAGACUGCUCAUAAGCAGGUGGAUUUAGAAGGUUGCAUAAGAAUAACAGAAAUUCUUCAGAUUCUGCUUGAUUUCAAGUAACCAGAGAUGUUGGCCUCAGGGGAUGGAGUCUUGUUUCUUGUUCUUUUUCUUUGGAGCUGGGGAUUCAGCAGGAUUGAGCUUCUUAUCUGUAGUUGCUUAUCUACAGAAACCAAAUAGGAGCUAAUAAUUCAGAAAGCUGUCCAAACAUCAGCCAUAUCUCUGGUCUUUAGUGCUUUUCAUCUCUUCAAAAUGGGUUAGGAUAUAUUUAUGUAUCACUACAACACACACAGAUUUGGAGGAAUCAUAUUUGAAUGCUCAGCCAAACACAAAUAAAUGGUGAACAAUCAAAUUGUACCUACAGUUUCCUUUUUCUUAAUACUCAUGCCUAAAGCAUAUUAUACAUGAAACCAGCAUAGCACAGAUUCUACCAUCAGUUUCAAACACUAAAUGUGAAACUCUCUAAAUGAACUUCAGCAAAAUUUGACUUCUCAGUGCCUUAAGUUCUAUGACCUUACAAUAUAUUAAUAGCAUUUCUGUUUUAUGGAACUGUUGUGAGAAAAUAAUGCCUGUUAAAGGUCUUUUGGAAUGCAGUGAGCAAUAAAUAACAGUUAAGAUGAUUAAAAGUAUUAACAACUGUACAUGUAGCAUAUGAACCAUUUGUUCACAGAUACCAAUAAUGCCCCAUAGACAUUUAUCAGAGAAUGUACUGUAUUCAGGAACACUGGCUCUAUCCAGGCUUGACUGUUAGUGCUGAUAAAAUCUCAAGAGUGACUGGUGAUGAACAACAUUUUGGACUUUCUCUCAUUAUUAUUUAGUAUUAGGAUUUCUUCCUCUUUUUUCUCCUUAAGGUAGAACUUAGUGUAUGUGAAAUGCUAACUGGAAUUACGCUGCCCUGUUUUCAGAUUAGAAUCUCAGGGCACAGGAAUGCAAUAGGAAAUGCUUGUAGAAUGUUCUAGAUAUUUUUCAUUUUGUCUCUAAUGACCCUCUUAGUUUCUCCUUGUUUCUCAGGAGGCUAAGCGCAAAUGAACACAAUGUCUGGGCAAACGUGGCUUCUGGGAUGCACAAGUCACCAUGUGAGGCAGAACUCGGAUUUCCCCACAGCACCUCGGUUUUCUGCACCACAACCUUCAGCACUAGUGAGGCAGACCACAAAGUCUGGUGAACAACCUCCACUGAGUCCUUUAGGCUGUAGAGUGAUCUGAACUUUGCAACAUGUAUUUUAUCACCCCCCCUUUGGCUCUCCUAUUAACCUUUUCCAAAACUCCAGUCCUAUUAGUUACAUUACUUCUUGAGGGUUUCCUUCUCAAGGGGCUGUUAUAGAGAACAACGGAUCCAGCGAGACUCUAAAACAAAAAAGAACACUGUAAUUUUGCAGAUUAUUUGGACUAGAAAUUACUGAGAUAUGACCUUUGGGCACAAGGACAAGUGGCCAAGAGAUGAGUGAUGAUCAAAUUUCUCAAUACAGUUCUGUAGUUACAGGACGUGACUGAAAUUGCGAUCUCUUCAGUAAAUAAUUCAUUCCUCUUGAAUGUGGAGUUAUCUUUGAAAACUCAUUGCUUUAGCAAAAAUUCUAUUUUUAGGCCCAACCUUCAUAUCCAACGUGGAAAUACCAUGGGCAAAGGUGGCUGUGAGCCACAUCACUUCUAGGUUAGGGUUUUCCAGAAGUAAGUGUGGGUUUGUUACUUUCUUUUCCUCAUUCCCAUAAAUAGAGGAUUCCAGUGUCCCAGAAGAUGGAAGAUACUUUAUUCCCAUUUGGGAGAAAACAUCCUACAAACUAAAGUUACUAGGAGCAAUGCCAUGUGAAUGAGCUAUAAACCCUUACAAUGUUGACUGAUAUUUUGAGGUUUACUUAUCUCAACAAUCAGUAUUACCCUAAUGAAUAGAUUAUAAAUUAAUUUAGGGAUGAAAGUUCUUCCUAGUUUUCCUGUUUGAAAAUCCAAAAACCAUCUGCAUGUUGGUUUGCCAAGAUGGACUGUCUUUGUCUUUAUUUCCUGAGUCAUUCCUGUGCUUCGUGCCCAAUGCUAAGUAGAGCUUCAGCGAUUGUACUUCGUCUUCAACAUCUGCUACCAUUUGGAAAUUAGAGCAGUUGUUUACUCUGUCCAUGGCCAUUUUGAAUUAAGUACAUUCCCAUUUCCUUCUUUACUGAGUUACACUUCAGUUUAAACUUCAUAAACUUCCACUUUCUGGAGGAAGUUAUACCUGCCUUUCACCUUAAACCCAAAUUUAUUUUAUAACUACUGUGAAAAAGUAGCUGAUUUCAGUUCUUUCAACAACCUACUCUUAACCACAAGAAGAGUUAUUCAUGUCAGGCUCCUGUGUGGACAGCGCUGCUUAUACAAACAUCUUCAGCAUGCACGAGGAAGAAAUAUACACCUCGCUUCAGUGGGACAACCCAGCCUCAAAAGCUUCUCAGAAAUGUCUGACUCCCAUCAAGUACUCAGGAACAUGGUGUGUGGUGACAGUGAUUUCCUGUGUUUUCUGUGUGGCCUUACUAGCAACAUCCAUUUUCUUGGGCAUCAAAUUCUUCCAGGUGUCUGCUCUUGCAAUGAAGCAGCAGGAGAUGCUCAUCCAGCAGGAUAAGGCAUUGCAGAACUUCACACAGUGGCAGGGAAACCACACUCUGCAGAUGAAACACUGCCAAGCCGUGGUGCAGAGCUCUCCACAGUCAGGCAAUAACUGCAGCCCUUGUCCACAGAACUGGAUUCAGAAUGGAGAAAGUUGCUACUAUGUAUUUGAAUCUUGGAGAAUUUGGAACAAUGGUAAAGAGGGUUGUUUAAUGGAGGACUCCAGUCUCCUACAAAUAGACAGCAAAGAAGAAAUGAGUUUCAUCACCUACAGCUUACAGAAGUUCAAAGGGGGCUUUGACUACUGGGUAGGAAUGUCUCAGGAUGGGCUUGGUGGACCUUGGCUUUGGCAAAAUGGAUCUUCCCCUCCCUCUGACCUGUUGCCAACAGAGAGGCACCAGUCAACUAACCAGCUCUGUGGCUACCUCAAAAACCAUUCCCUCUUCUCAGCCAACUGCAACGCUAGUAAAUAUUUUAUCUGCGAGAAGAAUGCAUUCAAAUCCUGUAUCUGAAAGAAAUUGGUCAUAUCCGUCUCUACUAUACCAGUAUUUGAAAGAAGCAAUUGGAAAACCUUUCACAAGAACAGAUGCAGAGGGAAAUCGGCCUGUGGGCUGGGAGCACAAACUUGUUUUUACAUUCACACUUGGCAAUAUUCUUUUCCAGAUUUCAGCUGACAUUGUCCAAUGUACCAAGGAUAAAAUUGGUCUAGAGCUACAGAGGACCUGACUUAUUGAAAACAAACUGUAUAAAUUAUUUCCUCUUCGCUUGGAAAUCUAAAGUGACCACACAUGUACCACACAGAGAUCUAGCAGUUGUUGUGGGAGGUGAUGCCGUUAUCCCUGCAUUUUUUGUCUAAAUAAAUAAAUUUGGCCUAUUAUAAUUACAUCUACAGGUCUUUUUUAAGAUCAGCUUCCAGGCAUUA